AUGACCAGAGUACGGAUAGUGAAUAACAGUUCCCUUGGCAACACCCCGUAUCAUCAACUGCACAAGUGCAACCAUGAGUAUACCAAAAAUGGUAUUGGCAAAGUGGGAGGCAAAAUCUUACUGGCAAUCAAAGGGCAGAAGAAAAAGGCACUGAUUGUCAGUCAUCGAAUGCCUGGCCUACACAUGACACCCAGGUUUGACUCCAACAAUGUGGUGCUCAUUGGAGAUAAUGGGAUCCUGAUGAGGACACGCAUCAAGGUGCCUAUCCACAUUAGCCUGCGCCAGAUGGAAGGCAAUUAUUCCAAAGUAUUGGCACUUGCUCAGAAAUUUGUCUGA